CCGGAUAGCCCCCUCCACCCACGGGGACCGCCAUCAGCCCUCCCAGCUAUCUGUGGCCGCCACAUCGGAUCACUGGCCCGGGAAGCAGGGGCUCGCUGUGUGAUCCCGGUUUCCUGUCGCCCUCGGGGUAACGAUGGGGAGAAGGUGCUGAGCUUGAAGUCUUGUAUACUCCGUAACUGUGAACUCACGAAAGCUGAAAGGUGUUCUUGUUCAGAUAAUGCCCGCUGAACGUAAAAAGCUUGUAAACAUGGAUGAAAAAGAUCUGAGUGGUACCUCAAAGGACAAAGAAUACAGUGACAAAAAGACUACAAACAGAGAGCGAUCCAAAGAUGAAAUUAAAGCUGCUUCAAAACGAGAAGCAUCUAAGCUGACAGAGGAAAAGAAGAAAAAAACUGAUGAUGACAAACGGAAGAAAGAAGAGAAGGAGUGCAAGAAAAGAGAAGAGGAUCAAAUGAAGGCGGAUGAGGAGCAAAAAAGGAAAGAACAAGAAGAAAAAAAUGUAGAUGAAGAAGAGCGAAGGAAGCGGGAAGAAGAGUUUGUAAACAAACAGGAAGAAGCUGCUUCCCAAUUAAAAGAGAAAGAAGAAGCACAUCAGCUUCACCAAGAAGCAUGGGAGAGACACCAAGCAAGGAAAGAACUCCGUAGUAAAAAUCAAAAUGCACCAGAAAACCGCCCAGAGGAGAAUUUCUUCAGCAGGCUGGAUUCUAGCCUCAAGAAAAACACUGCCUUUGUAAAGAAACUCAAAACGAUGACAGAGCAACAAAGGGAUUCCUUAUCCCAUGAUUUCAAUGGCCUCAACUUGAGCAAAUACAUAGCUGAAGCAGCUGCUUCGAUAGUGGAAGCAAAGCUGAAAAUCUCUGAUGUUAAUUGUGCAGUACACCUGUGUUCACUCUUUCACCAGCGCUAUGCUGACUUUGCCCAAUCACUACUUCAGGUUUGGAAGAAGCAUUUUGAGGCCCGAAAAGAAGAGAAGACUCCAAAUAUUACCAAGCUAAGAACAGACUUGCGUUUCAUUGCUGAGCUAACCAUCAUUGGUAUCUUUACUGAUAAAGAAGGCCUUUCCUUAAUUUAUGAGCAGCUAAAGAACAUAAUUAAUGCUGAUCGUGAAUCUCACACACAUGUUUCGGUAGUUAUUAGCUUUUGUCGUCACUGCGGAGAUGACAUCGCGGGCUUGGUGCCCAGAAGGGUAAAGUGUGCAGCAGAAAAGUUCAAUCUCAACUUCCCUCCGUGUGAGAUUAUCAGUCCAGAGAAGCAGCAACCCUUUCAAAACCUGCUGAAGGAAUAUUUCACAUCUUUGACCAAGCACUUGAAGAGGGAUCACAGAGAGUUGCAGAAUAUAGAGCGCCAGAACAGGCGUAUUCUCCACACAAAAGGGGAGUUGAGUGAAGACAGACACAAGCAAUUUGAAGAGUUUGCAACAUCUUAUCAGAAGCUAUUGGCAAACUCUCAAUCUCUUGCUGAUCUCUUGGAUGAAAAUCUACCUGAACUUCCUCAGGAUAAACCAGUGCCUGAAGAACACGGACCUGGCAUUGACAUCUUCACACCUGGCAAGCCCGGGGAUUAUGACUUGGAAGGAGGCAUCUGGGAAGAUGAGGAUGCUCGAAAUUUUUAUGAGAAUUUGAUUGACUUGAAGGCUUUUGUUCCUGCAAUCCUGUUCAAAGAUAACGAACGGAGUUCACAAAUUUCUAAAGAUGCUAAAGAAAAAGACAUACCCACAACUGAAGAGUUGGAGCUUGAGCUGGAGUCACUGGAUAUUAAUGAUGAGGCCAUGGAGCUGGAAGGUGUAGAGGAAGCCGAAGAUCUUGCAAAAAAACUGCUUGAUGAGCAAGAACAAGAAGAUGAAGAAGCGAGCACUGGUUCCCAUUUGAAGCUCAUAGUUGAUGCUUUUAUACAACAAAUGCCUAACUGUGUAAAUCGUGACCUGAUAGAUAAGGCUGCAAUGGAUUUUUGCAUGAAUAUGAACACCAAAGCGAACAGGAGGAAGCUAGUUCGAGCACUUUUCAUUGUUCCCAGACAGAGGUUGGAUCUUCUACCAUUCUAUGCCAGGCUGGUCGCCACUUUGCACCCAUGUAUGUCUGAUAUCGCUGAAGACCUUUGUUCGAUGUUAAAAGGGGAUUUCCGUUUUCAUGUGAGAAAGAAGGAUCAAAUCAAUAUUGAAACAAAGAACAAGACUGUGAGAUUUAUUGGAGAGCUUGCCAAGUUUAAAAUGUUCUGCAAAACAGAUACUCUGCACUGUUUGAAGAUGCUGCUUUCUGACUUUUCGCAUCACCACAUUGAAAUGGCAUGUACCCUGCUAGAAACAUGUGGACGAUUCCUCUUUCGAUCUCCAGAUUCACAUUUACGCACCAGUGUUCUCUUGGAGCAAAUGAUGCGAAAGAAGCAAGCUAUGCAUCUGGAUGCGCGCUAUGUUACUAUGGUAGAGAAUGCCUAUUACUACUGCAAUCCACCUCCAGCUGAAAAAACUGUGAGAAAGAAGAGACCUCCAUUGCAGGAAUAUAUCCGGAAACUUCUAUACAAAGACCUUUCCAAGGUCACAACGGAGAAGGUUUUGCGACAGAUGAGGAAGCUUCCUUGGCAGGACCCAGAAGUUAAAGAAUAUGUAAUCUCCUGCAUGAUCAACAUUUACAAUGUGAAAUACAACAGCAUUCAUUGUGUAGCCAAUCUCUUAGCAGGACUGGUGCUUUACCAAGAAGAUGUUGGAAUCCAUGUUGUAGAUGGUGUGCUAGAAGAUAUACGUCUAGGAAUGGAGGUCAAUCAACCCAAAUUUAAUCAGAGACGAAUAAGCAGUGCAAAGUUUCUAGGAGAGCUUUACAACUACAGAAUGGUUGAGUCAGCAGUUAUAUUUCGCACACUCUACUCCUUUAUAACCUUUGGUGUAAACACAGAUGGCAGUCCGAGUGCUUUAGAUCCCCCUGAGCACCUGUUCCGUAUCAGACUAGUUUGCACCAUUCUAGAUACAUGUGGGCAGUACUUUGACAGAGGAUCCAGCAAACGUAAACUAGACUGUUUUCUUGUUUACUUUCAGCGUUAUGUCUGGUGGAAGAAAAAUCUUGAUGUGUGGACAAAAGAGCACCCAUUUCCAAUAGAUAUUGAUUAUAUGAUAACUGAUACACUGGAGUUGCUAAGACCAAAAAUGAAACUAUGUAACUCAUUAAAUGAUGCUACACGGCAAGUGCAGGAUCUGGAACGGGAAUUUCUGGUAAAACUUGGACUCAUGAAUGACAAGGAUUCAAAGCAUUCCAUGGUGGAGGGAGAGAAUUUGGACGAUGAUGAUGAUGAAGAGGAGGAAGAAGCAGGGGCAGAGACAGAAGAACAAUCUGGAAAUGAAAGCGAAAUGAAUGAACCAGAAGAAGAAGAUGCCUCUGAAAAUGAAGAUGAUGAACAAGAAGAGGAAGAGGAAGAAAAUACAGAUUAUCUGACUGAUUCAAACAAGGAAAAUGAAACUGAUGAAGAGAACACUGAGGUGAUGAUUAAGGGAGGUGGAAUUAAACAUGUUCAGUGUGCAGAGGAUGAAGACUUUAUUCAGGCCCUUGACAAAAUGAUGCUGGAAAACCUUCAGCAACGCAGUGGAGAGUCUGUUAAAGUCCACCAAUUAGACGUGGCAAUCCCAUUGCACUUGAAGAGCCAGCUGAAGAAAGGAACUUCACUCUGUACUGGGGAAGGAGAUACAGAGUCUAGUGAUACUAUGCCAUUUGUCAUGCUCACACGAAGAGGCAACAAGCAGCAGUUUAAGAUUCUCAAUGUGCCCAUGUCCUCCCAACUAGCUGCAAAUCACUGGAACCAACAGCAAGCAGAGCAGGAAGAGAGGAUGAGAAUGAAGAAGCUCACAUUGGACAUCAAUGAAAGACAGGAGCAGGAGGACUAUCAAGAAAUGUUGCAGUCUCUGGCUCAACGUCCUGCUCCUGCCAAUACAAACAGGGAACGUCGUCCUCGAUACCAACAUCCCAAAGGGGCACCAAAUGCAGAUCUCAUUUUCAAAACUGGUGGCAGGAGACGUUGAUCCAGUAGUGUGUCUUGCAUCCAUUGGGCCCUGUGUCUGACAACAUGGCUAGUGGAGACCUCCGGAUUUUGAGAGAGAUCAGCAGCAUAUCGCAGCAUGUUCACGGAGGAGAGUUCAGGACAGAAACCUGGGAAAGGGCUGGGGGAGUAAGGAAGGACGAGAACACCAGCUUCCGCUUCAACUAGAAAAGGAGCAGCUUCGAGUCUGGACACAACAGACACACAGAGUGAGCAUUUUCUGCUGAUAAGGCAUCACUGUGGCCUUUGAUUGGAAGGAAGACUGCAAGAAGGUUGAUUUUAUUAGCAAGCAGUUGAGUUAUUAGUAGAAAGAGUUCUUUAUAGAAAGUAAGUGGGUUGCUAUUUAAGUUAACAAAAAAUAUACAACAUGGGAGGAGCCAACGAGACGUUUUAGUAGGUGGAGGAUAACCAGCAAGCAAUCUGCAAUGUUCCAGACUAACAGCUGAAACCAGAAGAAAUUACGCAAAGGAGAACGGCUAUUGAAGUGCAGAACAGAAGAUGUCAUACAACGCUUAUAUUUAAGAGUGCACAACAAGCUGUUCCGCUGUACCUUCCAAAAAAAAGGAUUUUGGUUUACAUAUUUUCUUAUAUCGUAGAAUUAUCUCUGAAAAAGGAAUGGACCUUUUUGCUGUCAGAGGUUGCUUAGAUAAGCUUGUUAAAUACGUAGGUUUUAAGAAAAAACAAACAUAACAUUGCCUGAAUAAGUUAAACAUUUGUGAAAAAAAAAUCCUUUAAAAAAAAAAAAAAAUACAUCUGUCUGUCAUUCUGAUACCAGCAAAAACGCAGUGAUGGACUGCGGCAUACCAUAUGCACUAUUCAGAUAAUAGGUAAUAGGUGCCAUUGAGCAUACUGUGGAGACAACAGCAAAUCGAUUUUUGUGUGUAGACAUUAAAUAAAAACAGACGCAUAUCCUUCAAUUUUUUUUCCUUUUACAACCAAAAUAAAUGAGUUGUUUCUUAUAGUUAAUUUUUUGUUCAUUUGGGUUAGGAUUUGCUGUGUUGUACAUAGAAUAUCCUAAAGAGCACAGCCAUUUGCUGUAAUGUACUUAAGCUUUUCCUUGUUAAAUUUUUUUUUUUUUGCAUGCUGGAAAAUACAUAUGUAAACCGGACACAUUACCAACAGAGAUGCUGCACAAUCUUCACCAGCUUAAGUAACUGUUUUCCAUUGCUGCAAUAAAGCCGUGUAAAUAGAAUGUAUCUGUAUGCUGUUUAUUCACAUACAGUGAAAUGGGACAUGCUAAUUAAAUAGUACACUGCACGCCUUCUCUAGAAAUGGUAACACAAAGUUGUGUAAAAGAUGUCCGACGUUUUAGGGUAGAAAAGAUGGUGGGUACAUAGAAACCAGCAAAGUUGGAAGCCAAAGUAGGACUCCUUUACAUGCUUGUCACAAUAAUUCAGCAAGUAGUAAUCUUUAAAAUGGCAGUUACUACCAUUAGAAAUUACUGUCUGUUUCCAUUCCGAAAAUGUAAAAGUUUGGCUUUUGGUAACGAACUGCUGAAACUU